UUUGCACAUGGUUAGAUGCAGUAUAAUCUUACAUGUGGACGGUCUCCCACGUUCCCCAGGUAAUGCACUAAAAUACAACAAGUACAGACUUACUCAUGUGUGAUAUGAAGACCUGUCUUUCAAACUGCUAUCACAGUCACAAGAGUAAAUGUUUGUUGAAUAUGGAUUGUAAACACUGUGACUAGUUUAUAUUUUUUCUUGCCCAUUGUCAUUGGAACCGUCUAUAUGGAAUUUAUUCAGAGACUGGCAAAAACCAUUCUACUUUUCCAAUAAGGCACUUGUUUAUAAGGCAUCAGCUGCAGUGGAAGAACUUCUCAAGAACAGACAGAAGAUGCAAGAUUACGAUGAAGCCACUGCUUUCCUGGGGGAUUGGGGGUUUUACCAGAAAAGAAUCUUCUUUUUUCUCAGUAUUGGAAUAAUUCCAAAUGGCUAUGUGGGUCUGUCUCUGGUUUUCCUGGCGGAUACCCCUCAGCACCAUUGCCGAUUGUCCAAUUCUUCGAACGCAACCUUCGCAGAAGUUUCCCAUAUGAACCUGAGUUUACUGCUACCCUUGGAAACAGCAGGAGGUAAGCAGACAUACAGUAAAUGCACCCGAUUCAAACGUCAAGUGCAAGAUAGUUUCAAUGACACAACACAAGAGACAGAGCACUGUGUAGAUGGCUGGGUGUACAGCGAAGAGAGAUACAUUUCUACAAUUAUCAGCGAGUGGAAUCUUGUCUGUGGCAACAAUUGGAAAGGACCUUUCACUGUGUCAGUGUUCUUUCUGGGAAUGACAUGUGGUGCUUUUCUUUCUGGACAUACCUCAGACAGGUAUGGGAGAAAAAUUGUUCUCUUUGGAGCAAUGCUGAUACAAACAAUCUUAAGUUUCAUUCAAGUGGUCUCUUGGAGCUGGGAAGUGUUCUGUGUACUGUGCUUUUUUAUUGGCUUUGCAGAUGUCUCAAAUUAUGUAGCUGGCUUUGUUCUAGGAACAGAGCUCCUUGGCAAAGCUGAGAGGACUGCUUACUCAACAUUGGGUGUCUGCAUGUUUUAUGCCAUAGGCUACAUUAUUCUGCCACUCUUUGCAUUUUAUAUCCGUGAAUGGAGGAUGUUACUCCUUGCCUUGACAAUACCAGAAGUUCUGUACAUUCCCUUUUGGUGGCUGAUACCCGAGUCACCCAGGUGGCUGAUCACUCAAGGUCGAGUAAAUGAAGCAGAAAAAAUUGUUCAAGGUUUUGCUGCAAAAAAUGGCAUUAGGAAUGUUGGAGUGAUAUUUCAGGUCACUGAUUCCAGAGAAUAUACGCUUCUGAAUACCUCAAAUAAUCAAAAGCAUCCACAUAGUUUCUUGGAUUUGGUUAAAACAUCAAGUAUACGGAAUGUCACAAUUCUUUCUUUCCUUGUGUGGAUGAUUACAUCCACUGGAUACUUUGUGUUAACCCUGGGUACUCCCAAUAUGUAUGGUGACCCUUACCUCAACUGCUUAAUUUCUGCAUUCAGCGAAAUUGUAGCCUAUACAAUCGCCUGGUGGAUGACGCACAAUGCCCCUCGACGUUUGUCAACCUCGCUCACGUUGCUGCUUGGUGGUGCUGUUCUGCUUGCCGUUCAAUUUAUUCCUUCAAGUCUUCACUAUUUUGCUGGAGCGUUGGUGAUGAUUGGAAAAACAGGCAUUACAAUAUGCUUCUCAAUAAUCUAUGUUUUUUCUGCUGAGUUGUAUCCAACUGUGGUGAGGAACAUGGGGAUUGGAGUGUGUACCAUGGCAUCCAGGAUUGGCAGCAUAAUCUCCCCAUAUUUUGUUUACCUUGGAGUAUAUGAUCGGAUGUUACCUUUCAUGUUAAUGGGCGCUUUGAUCCUGCUGGCUGGAAGUUUCUGCUUACUUCUACCUGAAACACGUGAACAACCCCUUCCAGAAACAGUGAACCAGGUACCUCCCCAACACUCCUGCUUCGGUGACCUGACUGUCAUCCAACAUUAUCCAAGAUUGGAUAGAAUGGUUCUUUGUCUUAAUACUUUUGCAAUUUUGCUUUCUUGUCAUUUCAAUAGUGAAGAGGGGAAGAGAAAAAGCCCUGAGCAAUGUUGUAGACUGAUAGACAAGGCUACCACUAGUCCCAUGUUUUGGGCAAAUGCAUACGGGCGUAUUUUUCAAAUUCAAAAUUUCCAACUCAAGACUCUGUGAGCUGCAACUGAUUAAAUUGCUACAACAAUAGUGGGCAAACCAUGACACAAACUUAACCCAAUGCGAAGUACCAGUAUUCAUUUUGGAUAAAUGUGAUACACCAUAACCUUUGAUCUGAUCUGUGCUUCAGUAUAUCCUUUGAGUCUCCUUCCUGCUCGCCCAGACCCCAGGCUCUCCUUCUGGAGUCUCACCCAGCUUUCCACGUGCAUUGCCAGAGUCUCAUUUCAUUCAGAAACAGAAGUAAAAAAAAACUGAUGAAUAACUGAAGGAAAAAGUAAUUGAUGGUUGUUGAUCCAGCCCCAUACAAGGUGCAUCCUUUUCGAUCAUGUUGUUAAUGAAAAGCUUGGUAAUAUAAUGAUUUAUACAGUGAGUGACUUAUUUUACCUUUAUUUAUGGGUUGUUUUCUGCCUCGUGGAGGGUAAAUGGCUACCAUUCUGAUUGUGAGCGGAAACAGCAACCAUUCUGGUGGUUCAGGGUUUCAAGGGUUUCAAAGGUAUGUUUAAUGUCAGAGAAAUGUAUACAAUAUACAUCCUGAAAUUCAUUUUCUUCGCAACCGUCCACGAAAACAGAGGCGUGCCCCAAAGAAUGAAUGACAGUUAAAUGUUAGAAUCCCAAAGCACCCCCAGCUCCCCUCCCCCAUGCGUAAGCAGCAGCAAAGCAACAAUCCCCCCCACCAGCAAAAAAAGCAUCAGCACCACCCCACCAAGCACUCAAGCAUGCAGCAAAGCAUCAAUAUAGACACAGACUUGCAGUACCCCAAAGACUACUCGUUCACCGGUAAAUUGACAUACCACAGGCUCUCCCUCUCGCUCCCUAAUAAGAGGCGUCUCCGUUUCACAGCGAAAGGAGAGACAUAACAAAGAAGUCGCUGAUUUAUGACGUUAAAAGUCCGUUGUGUUGCUUUUCCUGAGCUUGGGUCGGUGGGCGCACAGCCAGCAGCCAGCUUGCUGCGUUCGCUCUUUCAUCUCCCACGACACAUCGUAUUCUUGCAGAGACAUUGACCUUCAGUCCACCCGUCUCCAGAGCCACAAGGUCCUGGAACUCUGAAGGUGUGCUAAUCUUCUAGGCUGCGUCCUUGGCAUAUUGAAUAAUGACCAGUUGUGAGACCCCGAGAGCGGUUCUCAUUCCCGCAAAGAACUGAAGUCAGUGUGCAUGAUUUUUUAAGUUGCCUAGUUGAAACAAAGAAAUGUAGUACAAAUAGAAAAUGCAAAACCAUCAACAAAAAUACUCAAUUUUUCUCACACAAAUUCUCUCUCAGAAGAAGAAUGCAAAACUGGCUUUGAAGUAUUUAAAAAAGUGCAGUAACUCAAAUAGAAAAGAGGAUGGCUAGCAGGAAAAUAAAGUCUGAUUUGCAAAAAGAACAACUGACUUGAAAUCUAGAGAGAAAGCAAGUGAAUUAUCUGCAGUCAACCCAAGAGCCUGGCCUCUUAUUCAAACCAGCCAUGUAAAAAAGCAGAUGAUAAAAAUACUGAAGAAGCAAAACUGCAAACAAUAGUGGGAAGGGAAGUCCCCAGUCCCUCUGCAGUGAGCACUGUAAAAGGAUGGUCAAUUUAUUGUAGGAAUUAUUUGGAAAUUAAUGAAUGUUAUAUGUAUACU